AUGAAACGAACACAACCGCGUUUUUGUUAUGCCCGUUUUUUGGAGAUGGCAUCGAAACGGAUUCUGAAGGAAUUGAAAGAUCUCCAGAAAGAUCCUCCCACUUCAUGUAGCGCAGGACCUGUAGCUGAAGACAUGUUUCAUUGGCAAGCUACGAUAAUGGGUCCUUCCGACAGCCCUUACGCUGGUGGUGUUUUUCUUGUUACCAUUCAUUUCCCUCCUGAUUAUCCCUUUAAACCUCCCAAGGUGGCUUUUAGGACGAAGGUGUUCCAUCCAAACAUUAACAGCAAUGGGAGCAUCUGCCUCGACAUCUUGAAGGAGCAGUGGAGUCCUGCCCUCACUAUUUCCAAGGUGUUGCUUUCGAUUUGUUCGUUGUUAACGGAUCCAAACCCGGAUGAUCCCUUGGUUCCGGAGAUUGCUCACAUGUACAAGACAGACAAGAACAAGUAUGAGACAACUGCAAGGACCUGGACCCAAAAGUACGCUAUGGGUUGACCACCGGUCCUCAAGGAGGAACCGUAAUAAUUAAACUCUUGUGUUGUUUUUAUGUAACGAUCUUUAUGAAUAUUGUCUUGUCUUUUUAAAAAAAAUUGUGAAUGACAGAAUCAGAAGAUCAUAUGAUCUUCAUUUUCAUCCUAUUCCUAUGGAACUAUAUAUAUUAUUAAAUGAUCUCAUUCCCAUCUUCUGUUUGAUUAUUGUGCCUCUUCAGCGGGCUUGAUUACCUUUUUAUUUCAUUGUUAACUGUAAGCCUUCAAAAUGGUUUUCAUAGGCCUAUAAGAGCGUACUCG